GACGGAAGGAGCAAACGUUGAAAGCAGUAACCCCGCCUCUUCAGUGAGCUGUUUGGUCAAUCAUUGAUUCCCCAUUUGUCCACAAACAAUCUGAUUGGCCCAGCUUUUCGCCGCUCCACGUACAGCAGCUCCGCCCCCUUUCUCUCCUCUGCUCGUCUUUGGCAGAGAGGAAGUGAUCCGCCGGUCACCGAGCAACGUAAAUGGCCCGUCGCUGUAUCCGUCAAAGCGAGAUCCCUCGGCGGAUAGAGCGAUUGGACAUCCCAGCCGUCUAGCAACUGGAAACCCGUAAAACACAGCGCGGUAUGGGCUUAUUGAGUCUGCGCUAACAGCAAAAGAGGAGGUUCCCGAAGCGAGUCCUUUAUUUAUUUCUUUGUUUCUAGUGGGGGGGAUUAAUAACAGCGACAUAUCCCAAAGCACUUCAUUUAUUAUCAUUGUCUGUACACUCAAGAAAACUGGAUAAGAUUACAGUGGUCAUUCGAAGGCCAAAGCCAAGCGGAGGAGGAUGAAGCGGCGCAAUGCGGACUGCAGCAAACUCCGACGGCCAUUAAAACGGAACCGAAUCACCGAGGGUAUAUACGGCAGUACCUUCCUGUACCUGAAGUUCCUGGUGGUGUGGGCACUGGUGCUACUUGCAGACUUUGUUCUGGAGUUCAGGUUUGAAUACCUCUGGCCAUUCUGGCUCUUCAUCAGGAGCGUGUACGACUCCUUCAGAUACCAGGGGCUGGCCUUCUCAGUAUUCUUCGUGUGUGUGGCAUUUACCUCGGACAUCAUUUGUCUCCUCUUCAUCCCUGUGCAAUGGCUGUUCUUUGCUGCCAGUACAUAUGUGUGGGUGCAGUACGUCUGGCACACAGAGAGGGGUGUCUGCCUCCCCACCGUGUCUCUGUGGAUACUCUUUGUCUAUAUAGAGGCGGCAAUUAGAUUCAAAGACCUCAAAAACUUCCAUGUAGACUUGUGCCGACCAUUUGCAGCCCACUGCAUUGGCUACCCAGUGGUUACACUGGGGUUUGGCUUCAAGAGUUACGUGAGUUAUAAGAUGCGCCUCCGAAAGCAGAAGGAAGUGCAGAAGGAGAAUGAGUUUUACAUGCAGCUCUUGCAGCAAGCUCUGCCUCCAGAACAACAGAUGCUCCAGAGGCAGGAGCGAGAAGCAGAAGAAGCUAAGGUAAUACAAGAGGCAGAGCCCACCACGGUGUCACAGAAUGGUGCUCCUGCUAAUAAAAAGACAUCAUCACUCCCAGAACUGGAGUAUAGAGAAAAGGGUAAAGAAGGGAAAGGUGGAGGUGAGGCUAAAAAGCAGCACAAUAGCAACAGCAUUCUGCCAUCAUCAGUGGACUCUAAACUCCAGGAGAUGGAGUACAUGGAGAACCAUAUGAACAACAAGAGACUGACCACAGAGUUGGGCAGCACAGAAAAUCUGUUGCUUAAAGAGGAUAACAAUUCCUCGUGCUCUUCCUCUUCCUCUUCCUCCUCCUCGAAGAACUACAAAAAUGCUAGCAGUAAUGCUGCAACACUCAACUCCUCACCCCGCGGUCACAGUGCCACUAACGGCAGCGUGCCCAACUCCACAUCAUCAACCUCUACGGGGAAGAAUGAGAAGAAACACAAGUUGGCAGUGGGGAAGGGGACAUCAGGUGGUUCCCACAAGGACCCCACAGACAACUGUAUCCCCAACAACCAGCUGAGCAAGCCAGAGGCACUUGUUAGAUUGGAGCAGGAUGUAAAGAAGCUGAAGGCAGACCUUCAAGCCAGUCGACAAGUGGAGCAAGACCUGCGCAGCCAGAUAGGUUCUCUGGGCAGCGCUGAGCGCUCGAUACGCACUGAGCUGGGCCAGUUGCGCCAGGAGAAUGAACUGCUGCAAAACAAGCUCCAUAACACUGUACAAGCAAAGCAGAAGGACAAACAGGCAGUGGGUCAGCUGGAGAAGCGACUCAAAGCAGAACAGGAGGCUCGGGCCACUGCAGAGAAACAGCUCGCAGAAGAAAAGAAGCGUAAGAAACUUGAAGAGGCAACAGCAGCCCGAGCCGUAGCACUUGCAGCUGCAUCAAGGGGGGAGUGCACAGACACACUCCGGCGAAGGAUCACAGAGUUAGAAACGGAGUGCAAGAAACUAACAAUGGACAUCAAGCUCAAAGAAGACCAGAUCCGAGAGCUGGACCUUAAAGUUCAGGAGCUUCAUAAAUACAAGGAGAACGAAAAAGAUACAGAAGUGCUGAUGUCAGCGCUGUCAGCAAUGCAGGACAAGACUCAGCAUCUGGAGAACAGCCUGAGUGCAGAAACCAGGAUCAAACUGGACCUUUUUUCUGCACUUGGAGAUGCCAAGAGACAGCUGGAGAUUGCACAAGGUCAGAUCAUGCAAAAGGACCAGGAGAUAAAAGAUCUGAAGCAAAAGAUAGCCGAAGUGAUGGCUGUCAUGCCGAGCAUCUCCUACACAGCAGACACCAGCAGCAUGACCCCCAUGGCCCCCCACUACUCCUCCAAGUUCAUGGACACCAACCCCUCUGGCCUGGAUCCCAACGCCUCCGUCUACCAGCCUCUGAAAAAGUGAACGCUCUGAUCCUAACCUACCAUCCAUACCCCCAUUUUACUUUCCCCUGCAGGCCCACCACCCUCCAAUCUGCUCGGCAUGUCUGCGGCUGAGAAUGUUGAUCUCUCGGUUUUCUUUUGUUUUCUCCUCACCAGGUCAGAAGGAUGUUGUAUUGUGUGACUGUGUUUGUUGUAGUUAAAACAAAAGACAAAAAAAAACUUAAAUGGACAUCACAUGUCAUCUAGGAAGUCCCAUUUAUUUUCUCUCAAGUGUCUAGUGAAACCUCACAGAUUCGGGUAUUUAUCUUCAUCUCAUGGGUGCGUGCGCACCUGCGACCAGUUACCCGCUCUUGGUCAUGGGCAAUAGCUGCUUCAUUUGAGAUUUAAGUGAAAAAUCUUAUGUUUGAAUUGGUUUAAAAACUCCCACAGAUUUAUUUCCCCCUCCUGAGAAAACGGCAACACCAGUACACCCAGAGGAAUGUAGUGCAAAGUCAGCACAUUUACUUCAUUGUCCUGUCAGAACCCAAAUUCACAGUGCUCAUGGAUGAGGUUAGCUUUGAUGGACCGGCCUGUCUGGGAGUUAUGAUUACAUCAAGCCACACUUUCUGUAGAAGUCCUGAUCACAGCUGAAUGACGCAGAUUCAUUCUGGAAAUUCAAGUUUUAAUUCUUCUCCUAAUCACAGUGCCUUCAGUGAGGACAGUCUAAAAAAACAUCCUUUCAAAAAUUUGUUGUGAGGCAGCUGGCAAUGUUGGAAUUAUUGGACCUUCGAGCUUAUCAGAAUGCUAAUUUUGACUCGCUUAAGCUCCUGCAAGUCAACAAAAGCAUGCCUCAUGUCGCACCCACAUCUAUUAACCACCGAGUCGAUUGGUCCUCUUGACAAUAUUGCACUGGAGAAUUGACUUAGUUGGAAAGGGAAAACGUCAGGUAGGUAGUGGACCUGUCGUCCUGGGCUACUGAAAAGCACAUUUGGCUUAGACGCAUAUCUGGAGGACCACUCCAAAGAUGAUCUGUUGGUUUCAGUUAUUAUGAUUUCCACUUCAUUUUCAGGAACUGAUUUUUCAUCGCCAAAAAUUAUAUCUGAGCUGCUGCAUGCUCAUCUGCUGAAAAGAAGCUGAUACUGAAUUUAAGUAUGAGAGUCUGGGAACAUUGGAGAUUAAUUUGGGCCGGCAUAACUUCAUAGUCGGUUCCCUUGGAAAAUGGCAUCAUUCAUAUUACAGCACUGCAAUCUGACAUUAUUAUUAUUUAAUAGAUGAUUUUUACUUUGUUGUGACUCCAAAAUCGGGAUUAUUGUAAUAUUUAAUACAUUGAAUUCAAAAUAAAUAUGAUGCUAAAAUGAUUAUCAGAAUUCCUUCAAAGAGGUCCAGUAUUUUCCUGACGUUCAAGUUGUCUUGCAAAAAAAAAGUAAACAAAGCCAAAAUUGUUGCAGUCCACUAAUAAUAAUAAUAAUAAUAAUAAUAAAUCAGAUCACCAUUUUUUGUGCCAAGAAUGCUUCUGUCACUAGUAACGUGUUCCAAGAAUGUACUGCAGAUAUAUUGGCUGAAAUUUCAACAGGUCUGCUGACUGCAGCCUGUAUAGACUGUGUUGCCAGUAAGGGACUAGAAAAUUACAGUUCUUUUUUUUUUCUUGAAUGUUACAGUAUUUACAGCUGUUGGCCAAGUGGCUAAUUUAAAGCAGUUUGCUUUAACUCCCAUUUCUGACUUUGUUUCAUUUUCCUGCGGAGAGGAAAUUUGCUUUCGUUGGAUGGUUUUUGGCCAUCAUCUGAAAAUGGUCAUUGUUGUGCGUGUGGUUUUCACCUACUGUUUAUGAACAAGCUUUAUUUCUUUUGCUAGAUUGCUGUCAUUGGCUCUUGAUUAAAAAAAUGUCGUGAAAACAGUUUAGACAGUGGUUUGGUCAACUGAUGGUUGAAAGUAAAAAAAAAAGUGUUUUGUUUUUUGUUUUCUAUGCCCACAGACACUGUUGACACUGUUGUCUGACCUUGGCUGCGUUCUCGCUCUGUGAGGUUUACAAGAAAUAAACAUUUUGUUU